AUGCCUGCCCCCGCGACCGUUCCCUGUCAGUAUCGGACAGGCAAGACGCUGGGUAGUGGAACGUACGCCAUCGUCAAGGAGGCGGUCCACAUCAAGACCGGAGAGUACUUUGCAUGCAAGGUCAUCAACAAGAAGCUCAUGGAGGGGCGGGAGUACAUGGUGCGCAACGAGAUUGCGGUCCUCAAGAAGAUCUCCAAGGGGCAUACAAACAUCGUUACGCUGCAUGACUACUUCGAGACCGCGCACAACCUCUACCUUGUCUUCGAUCUGUGUACUGGUGGCGAGCUCUUCGAUCGUAUAUGCGCCAAGGGCAACUACUACGAAGAAGAUGCUGCGGCGCUCGUACGAACGAUCUUUGGCGCGGUGAAGUACAUCCACGAGUGCGGUAUUGUACAUAGAGAUCUCAAGCCGGAGAAUCUGAUCUUCCGAACCAAGGCGGAGGAUGCAGACAUUAUGAUCGCGGACUUUGGCCUCAGUCGGGUGAUGGACGACGAGAAAUUCCAGAUGCUCACAGAGAUCUGCGGCACCCCCGGAUAUAUGGCGCCCGAGAUCUUCAAGAAGACCGGUCAUGGGAAGCCGGUCGACGUAUGGGCGAUGGGUGUGAUCACCUACUUCCUACUCUGUGGAUACACGCCCUUCGACCGGGACACGCAGCAGCAGGAGAUGGAGGCUAUCAUCGCGGGCGACUACCACUUCGAGCCCGCUGACAAACCCGCAGAGGAGUACUGGGCAAACGUCUCGGACACGGCGAAAGACUUCGUGCGCACGUGUCUUACGAUUGACCCCACGUCGCGGCCGACCGCGGCGGAGAUGCUGGAACACAAGUGGCUGGCGUCCGACCAACGCCACUUCGUGCCCGACCCCGCGAGCCCGAGCGGUGGCCCCACGAACCUUCUGCCGCACAUCCAGAAAGCCUUCGACGCGAAGAAGACCUUCCGGAAAGCGGUGUUCUCUAUGAUCGCCACCAAGCGCAUGUCUUCGCUCGCGGGCCUAUCACCUACUGCGCAGCGCUUCGGCCAGAACAUCGCAGAGCUGAAGGAGGAGUCCGAGAAGGAGCACGUCGACGAGGACCGAUCCGUCACGCACUACGGCGAGAGCGAAUCGUCGCGCGAGGAGCUCAAAAACGUCGACGAUGUGUCGCAGUCCGGGUCCUCGGGUCAGACGCCACUCGUGAAGCAGAUGGCGAAGGUCUCCAUCUAG